AUGUCAUACUACUAUCUUCCUAUUCUGACUAGUGCAACACAAGAAAGUAUCGGCCCAGGAACAUACAAUCCUGCUACCAAGCGCAAUCCUCUCAAGGACGCUAAUUUUAUAAUGAUGCCGCACUACACGGAUCGCUUUGGACUUUCCAAGCCUAAUGCUGGUUUUAUUGAAGCUCGCUUUCGUCGCUUUGCGAAUAAUUCGGAGCCACCAGUGAACAAGCGAAAUUGA